AUGGCGCUUUCAGACGUUGAAGUAUUCGAAGACGCAGUCCCCCUGGUUCGUAGCUGUCCAGCCCUCAACGAGAUUCGCACUUCGGGAGAAUUCAAAGAGCUCGUCAUAGAGGUAGCUCUCCUUCCUGUUACCGUUCUUUACACGGAAAUUUGUUCAUGCUUGUUAGGUGAAGGACGGCGCUAUUCUCAAUGCCCAUCGAAUAAUACUAGCAGCUCGAAUUCCGUCAUUGCGAGCUGCUCUCAGUGGCGCCCUCGGGAAGGAUAAUUCGGUGCUUAAAUGGCCGACGGUGCCUCUGAAGUAAAGUCAUCCUCCUUUCUCUGAUUUUGCUUUUGCACUUUCUAGCCUCGCAAAUUCACUCCUCCAGUAUGUGUACACCGGGCAGUUGGAGGUGACCCAAGCGAAUGCGAUGGCCAUAGUGAUGUUUGCCAAAAUGAUGAAAAUGUCUGAUCUGGAGAAUUGGGGAGUUCAAUUCAUGUCUAAUAGGUAAGCAAGUGCCGGUUCUUUCUGUCUAACUGUCGGCUGUAAAGAGUGAAUUUAGAAAAUCUGGCAACCACGUGGGACUUUGCCAAAUCUAUGCGCAUGGAAUCCCUGAUGGAGACUUGCAUCAAUCUGAUGCAAGCGCAGUUUACGAGUUUCGUCUCUACUGACCUCUUUAUUCGUCUGCCAGCUGACACCGUGCUGACGUUGUUGCGAAACGACAAUCUGUCAGUGGACUCUGAAGAGGCAGUUUUUGAGGCGAUUUCAAGCUGGGUGGCUGCCGGCGAUAAGGAGUGCGAUACUAAGAGACUGAGAUUGCACGCCCCGGAGAUGCUAAAGGAGGUUCGUUGGUGUCAGACAACUGUCCAAUUCCGAAGUCGCUUACUCAAUAGUCAUCCAAUUUUCCGGGAUAACAACAGCUGUGCGUAAGUAUAUCCUCUUCCAGUUCGUCAUUUAUUUUCUAAUGAAAGUCGCUUUAUGGCUCAGGUGGAACAGUGGAUGAUCAUUGCGGACAAGGACAAGCCUCCGUGUCCCUUCAAUCGACGUCGGAGAACGCAUCCGACGAUCUUCUUCGUAUUUGGAAAGGACAAAAAUCAGAACAGGUGGUCUGUCCUGCGUUUCGAUCCGCAGCUGCAAAAGGAAGAGAGGAUUGCUGACAUGGAGAAGCGAGAAUUCGCCACCUACAGUCUCGUGGGCGGUGAGUUGCCUGACAGUUACGCACCUCCUCUUCUGCGCACCUGCCUUGUUUUCCUCUUUUGUCUAAUUUGACCAGUUGGUGUCCCUUUUUGCCAGAAUUAUAACAAACACACAGUCCUGCCGGUAAAGCUGCCAUCGCCACACAAUGCAUAGGGUUGUAGUAGUAGUAGUAGUAGUUGUAGUAAUUGAGGGCUUUUGAGGUCUUGGAGUUGUCCAUUCGCCUGGUCUGUACCGACGCGUUUGCUGUUUUUCGUCUUCAAUUUACCCAACCGUGUCUCCACCUGCGUGGUUUGUGUCCGUCACUGGCGGCCACUCAACUGGGAAAUUUGUCCAUCAACGUCUUUUUCACCGACGUUGAUAUUUCCCCUCUUUCUGUCAAAUGCACGCCUUUUUAUUUUAUCUUUCCUAUCUUCUUUUAUCUUUUCAGUUUAUCUUUCUUCCACGCAAUUUUAUGAAACUUUUUUCUAUCCCACCUCACCCCCACUGAAGAGAGCAUUUUCGUGGUUGGAGGAAUAGGAAACUCCACGAGUGUCGAGGAGUUUCUGGUGGCAGAACGGCGCUGGCGCAAACGGGCGUCCCUCGCUGUUGGACGCUGCUGCCACGCAGCCGCAGUCCUGACGGAAGCCGGAGGGGAGGCGCUUCUCGGCGUUUUCGGUGGAUACAACGGUGGACGCCUCUCCUCUUGUGAAGUCUAUAAAGUCAGUCGGGACAGGUGAGAGCACACUCGUCCUGGCGACUCCUUUUUUUCCUGCAAAAUCUUCCUGUUUUGCCUCCUCACUCGUCUCCUCCUCCUCCCCAACACACAGGUGGUUCAAACUGCCCAAUAUGCGACAUAAGAGGAGCGCCACAGCUGCUGCCUGUCUGCCCGGCGACAGCAGAAUCUUCGUUUUUGGCGGCCAGAAUGGCUCCUCCGUGCUGGCUUCUGUGGAGUUCUGCCACCUGCGAGCAGACUGGCGAAAGAGGGCGACCUCGUCGGACUUUUGGCAGCCAGCCGCACCCAUGAGAACUGCACGAUGCCAGCUGGCAGCGACACACUUUCGGGGGAAAAUCAUUGUCGCCGGGGGAUUUGGUGUUGAUGGAAACAGAUUAAACGUGGUGGAGAUGUUCACACCACCAGAUGCCAGGUGUCCCCAGGGCCAGUGGACAGAGUUGACUGGCAUGAAGGAACCCCGCUCGCUUUUUGCUCUUCUCACCUCCACCGACGACGCCAUCUUUGCUCUCGGUAAUGAUGCCUCUUCCUUCUUUGCUCUACACUGACUGCAUUCCUUCUCCACUUUCUCCUCUUUUUCAUGCCAUUCCAUGGCCUUUUCUGUGUAAGUACUUUUUCUGAGGAAGAUUAAGACAUGCCUAGUGAUGGCAACCAGGUGAAAAUAUGACUUUGCAUGGCGUUUCGUAAACACAACGAGGUUAGGGCCGAUGGUAGGCCGUUUGUAGUGCAAAUCGUCUGCCUAUUAAAGUAGAGUUUUACGAGAAUUAUGCAGCCGAAUGGUUAAAGCGUCUUCAGUAGAUACUGCGUUCAAAGCUUACUUUGUCUACUCAGAGUUUUAUUGAAAUAAAUUUUUGUCUAGCUGUAUUGUGCAAAUCGUAUGCUAAUUUUGUCUGUUUUGAUAUUUAUGAAGAUAGAAUUUCACUGGAAUUAUUCACAAUUUGCAGGCAACUGGGAUGGAUCAGGAAACACGGUGGAGACUUUCACAGCACCAGGCGGACCAGCUGAUGUCAGCAACGACUUCACAGCUUGGAGCUGGUCGUCGAAGAAACCACUGGAGACGCUCGAAAAGAUCGCUGGAGCUGCAAGCAUUCUCAUGUAAACUUCUGCGUUUCUUGAUGUUCCUUCUAUGACCCGCAUGUUAAGAAAUAAACUAAUUGCAAUGUAACCUGUUUUGUUGUUUUUUUUGAAAACUCGAGUGAACAUUAUUUUCGCUCCAGCGAUCGAAUGAUUAUCCUUACAUCAAAAUGACAACGCCAAGAAUGCUUUACUUCUGAAAAAUAAGUGGGUUCAGUCUCCGAAGUUGUUCCUAAUCCUAAGUGGUGGGAUUCGAACCCACGACGGCAAAGAGAGGCCUUCGUACAGCCAACGAUCUAGCCACCUAAGAUACAAGGCCCCUCCGCCCGACGCGAGUUUAAUCACAUCUAAAUAAAGUUUUCCCGCCCAACUUACUGCAGCGUCUUGAAUCCACCAAAUCUGAUACAGUAAUUUGACUGCCCAGGCUUGAUUUCCUAAGUAAUACUUCUAGAAUCCACCAAAUGUCUACGGGUCUCACGUAAUUCAUAGGUAUAAUGGCAGAUACGAUUAUUGUAGCGCCGUCCAGUGGAGCAUCUUAGCUCAGUUUGAAUAGAGCGUUGGCUGUACUAAGGAUUCCCCUUGUUGUCGUGUGUUUACACCCCAUCGAGACGCCGAGUAUUUCAUAUUGGUAUCAACAUAACUGGUCUGUGGACUUGAGAUUAAUACGGCGAUAUCGACAAUAGUCGGUCAAGCUGCAAUAGGCUCGUCUUGCGAAUCAGCAUAAGGAGACUUUAGGAAAUAUAUUCUGUAAACUGAAGGGGCUCUCGUUUCUGGUGGAUAGGCAAUUUAAUAAUAUACAGGGGUUAUACAUUCAGGUGUGGCACAACACUGACGAUUCAGAUAAAUUCCCCACGAGCUGGUUGCAAACCUGCAGAUAUGUAUUCUCUUACGAAUGUUGCACUAAUUGCAUUAGGGCUCCUGUCCUCAUUAUUCACAAACCAAGUUACAGACGCGAGCAGAUCACGCCACUUUGGGUGCAGUGAUUUGUACUAAAAUCUACUGAUCCGAUGCGGAGGGAGGGAGGGAGCUGGCUGGAUGGGAUUUCGUGUGUGCAGAUUGCAAGCCUGCUGGUGUUGCGUGUUAGCAGGGUGGGACAUCGAUUCCCGUAAAAAAAAGAGGAUGACGCACUCUCUACCCGAUCUUCUCUUCAGUCUCACAUCGACUACUGCCCUGAAUUACGCUAGCCAUUCGUCUAAGCUCAAUGUAGCCAUAGGUGAUCCAGAUGUUGGUGUGGAAUUGUUGUCUUUCAGCGGCUGUACGUCACAAAUAGUCUGCCGUAGAGCGUGUUUUUGAACAGAGUUAGGCAAAAUCCCACUGAUUGAAAACUGCACCACAUUCUAUGAAGUACAGGCCUAUGGUUUGAUCUUGGGAAGGAUAAACGACGGUGGCUUAUGUGAGUGCGUCGGCUCCUCGGUGGCAUGAAGGCGCGAGUCUCAGACAAUGGGACUGCUAGCAGAUGUCAGGGUAAACAACCCCCGGGUAAGCUAAAUAUUGUCUUGUUUUCGCCCGCUCACCAUCUCUAUUUCAGCAACGAGCUAGCUCAACGUCUAGAUAACGUACCAGUCGCCAAUGCGGCCGUUGCCGCUGACUAGAACGGCUCCGUGGAGAACUGGUGGGACAUAAUCCAGUCGACGGCGCUGGCCGUACCCGGUCGCGCAACCCGCCACAUACAGCCUGCUCUCCGAGAAGGACCGCCUGCAAAAAGCCUACAAAGACCACCCCACCGACGACGACGACAACAAAGCAGCAUUCUACCGUUGCCGCCGCCUUGUGCAACAGCGGCUGCGCGAGAUGCAGAACGCACGGACGGCCCGCAAGUCUAUGGAGAUCCAAGGGUACGCGGUCCACAACGAAUGGAAGAACUUCUUCUCCGCCAUCUACUGUCCGCCCACCAAAGGUAUUGCACCUCUCCUCGGCGCCGACUGA